GGCAGCAUUCCGGGUGGAGAGAGUGAGAGAAAGAGCCAUACGCCGGAGAUUUGAAGCCGUAUUCUGUGUUUUUUAUCGCAACUGAUACGAGUUGUGAGUCUGAAGCAGCUGCCGCGUCCCAGCAGGAUAUGGACUCUUCAGAACAUGACAUGGAUUUCUAAGCUCAUCCUCUUCAUCCAUCUCCAUUUACUGCUGUGCCUCCUUCUCGACUAAACCACCUCUUCUACCCCAGCUAAAGCGGUUUGGCUCUGACUCCUAAGAAGAGGGGGAGAAAAAAAAUCUAAGUGGGAGGGUGUAGUAAACUUCCCCCAGCUGCUGUGCAGACACACACAUGCUGCAUUACUCCCAUUCCCCAAGCCCUGCUCCAUCCAUCCAAAGGGCACGGCCACUAGCCUGCUAGCCAGCUAGCACUUGGCACAAAAACAAGGCCUGUCCUUGGGUAUAAAAGAAAUACAAGCAGACUGUGUACACCUGCCCCUUUUUCUUUUUCCUCCCUCUUCCGGGUCAGCCAGUCCCAUACACACCAACUGAGACUCUUUUUGUUUAACUGUCAUUCCCACUGCUGUGAGCAGUGGAAGAUUGCUCGUAUAUAGUCACUCAUUCAGAGAGGCAGACUGAAGAGGCUGGGGAGAGGUGUUUACCAGAGGUCUGGAUGAUGGAGCCCAGCAUGGAGAACUGCCUGGCUCAAGUCCUGCAGAAGGACAUGGGCCGACGACUGCAGGUGGGACAGGAAAUCAUCGAUUACAUUUUGGACAAGGAGAAGUCUCAUGACUUGGAGCAGGAUCAAACAGCGCUGGACAAGAUGGUUGAUGGCAUUGCCAGCUCCUGGGUCAACUCCAGCAACUUUAAGGUGGCUCUGCUUGGCUUGGACCUCUUAUCUGCCUUAGUGACAAGGUUACAGGAGCGAUUCAGGGCCCACAUUGGGACAGUUCUGCCCAGCCUUAUUGAUCGAUUGGGAGAUUCCAAAGACCAAGUGAGAGACCAAGACCAAACAGUGUUGUUGAAGAUCAUGGAGCAGGCUGCCAGCCCACAGUAUGUAUGGGACCGAAUGCUGGGAGGCUUCAAACAUAAGAACAACAGGACCAGAGAAGGAGUGUGCCUUUGCCUCAUCGCCACACUGAGCAUAUAUGGAGCACAAGGCCUGACCCUCAGCAAAAUUGUUCCACACAUAUGUAACCUCUUGGGGGACCCCACAAGUCAGGUGCGUGAUGGAGCAAUGAGUUGCUUGGUGGAAAUCUACAGACAUGUGGGUGAGAGGGUGAGGAUGGAUCUCAGCAAAAAAGGCCUGCCACAGUCACGGUUGAAUGUAAUCUUCAGCAAAUUUGAUGAAGUCCAAAGAUCUGGAAACAUGAUCUCAUCUGCUGGCUCAGAUAAGAACUUUGAGGAUGAAGACUCUGUGGAUGGAGGCAGGUCCUCCUCCUCAUCGUCCUCAAAAGCACCCCCCAGUGGCAGGAGGACUGUAAUGAGCUCCGUCAGAAGACCAAGCUCAGCCACAGCAGCUAAGCCCUCAGCUAAAGAGGCAGCAGCUGGUGCUGUUGAUGAAGAGGAUUUUAUGAAAGCCUUUGAAGAUGUGCCCUCUCUCCAGAUCCACUCUAACAGAGAAUUUGAGGACCAGCUGGCCAAGGUCAGAGAAGUACUGUCUGAUGACAAACAUGACUGGGAGCAUCGAGUGACGGCUCUAAAGAAGGUGCGUUCACUCAUGUUGGCCCGGACGACUGAGUAUGAGGGCUUCACACAGCAGCUGCGACUCUUAGAGGCUCCCCUCAAGCUGUCGGCAAAAGACCUGCGCUCUCAGGUGGUCCGUGAGGCCUGCAUCACACUGGGACAUUUAUCAUCAAUUCUGGGUAACAAAUUUGACCAUGGAGCAGAGAGCAUCAUGCCCACACUGCUAAACCUCGUGCCCAACAGUGCCAAAGUCAUGGCCACAUCCGGGGUGGCCACCAUCCGCCUCAUCCUAAGGCACACACACUACCCACGUCUCAUCCCCAUCAUAACCAGUAAUUGCACCGCCAAAUCAGUCUCAGUAAGACGGCGCUGUUAUGAGUUCUUAGACCUCAUGUUACAAGAGUGGCACACUAAUACACUGGAAAGACAUGUGGCUGUUCUGACUGAGACCAUCAGGAAAGGUAUACAUGACGCUGACUCCGAAGCCAGAUCUAUUGCUAGAAAAUGCUACUGGAGUUUCCAUGGUCAUUACAGCCGCGAGGCAGAGCAUCUGUUCCAGACACUAGAGUCCACCUAUCAGAAGGCCCUCCAGUCUCACCUGAAGAGCUCAGACAGCAUUGUGUCUCUACCCCAAUCUGACCGCUCCUCCUCGUCUUCCCAAGAGAGUCUUAACCGACCAUUGUCUGUGAAGAGUGUCAUUGGAGGAAGCAUAACAAGAAGUAAGCUGGUGGGCACCAGGGUUUCAACUUCAUCAGGUUCCCUGCAGCGUUCUCGUAGCGACAUCGACGUAAACGCCGCCUCUAGUGCCAAGUCACGUCUGUCCACCGUCCCUGCCUCCUCCUCACCGUUCAGCUCUGCAGCUGCCCUCCCCCCAGGCUCCUACGCCUCAUUAGGUCGUGUUCGCACCAGGAGACAAAGCUCCGGUAGUGUGGGUGGAGCCAGUCCAUCUGUGGUGGACAGCAGGGGGCGCAGUCGAGCCAAAGUGGUUUCCCAGUCCCAGCGAUCCAGAUCGGCCAAUCCCAUCAGUGCUGGCAGUCGCUCCAGCUCUCCUGGCAAACUGCUGAGCCACAGCAGCUAUGGUCGAAUCCCUCGAGCCCCGGUGUCGGCCUCCACAACGCCAGCUGACAAGCGCAGCAGGAUUCCCCGCAGCCAAGGCUGCAGCCGAGAAACAAGCCCCAGCAGAAUGGGUCUCGCCAGCCUGUGUGGUAAAGCUCUUCUUCCCGCUGCUCUUCCCUACCGCACGCUAGCCCGGAGCCGCAUUCCCCGCCCCAGCAUGAGUCAGGGUUGCAGUCGCGACACCAGUCGUGAGAGCAGCCGCGACACCAGCCCUGCUCGGGGCUUUGCUCCCCUGGCCUCCCGACGUCACUCCCGUUCAACCAGUGCUCUCUCCACAGCCGAACCACAUGGCCAGUCAGACCGGUAUGGUUUGAUUCAUCAAGCAAGAAUCUCAGCAUCAGUCAAUGCCAUGAGGAUCUUAAAUACUGGUACUGAGGUGGAGGCAGCUGUUGCAGAUGCUCUGCGAAAGCCGCUGAGACGGAGGUACGAAUCACCAGGGAUGUACUCCGAUGAUGACGCCAACAGUGACGCGUCAAGUGCUUGUUCCGAGCGCUCAUACAGUUCACGAAACGGAGGCAUUCCACAUUAUCUGCGCCAAACGGAAGAUGUGGCAGAGGUCCUCAACCACUGCGCCAGCUCCAACUGGUCAGAGAGGAAGGAGGGCCUGCUGGGUCUGCAGAACCUCCUCAAGAGCCAAAGAAUACUGAGCCGAGUGGAGCUGAAGAGACUCUGUGAGAUCUUCACCAGAAUGUUUGCAGAUCCACAUAGCAAGAGAGUGUUCAGCAUGUUCCUGGAGACACUUGUGGACUUCGUCACAGUUCACAGGGAGGACUUGCAGGACUGGCUGUUUGUCCUGCUCACUCAGCUGCUGAAGAAAAUGGGGGCAGAUCUGCUUGGCUCUGUCCAGGCCAAAGUCCAAAAGGCUCUGGAUAUCACAAGAGAGUCAUUUCCAUUUGACCAGCAGUUCAACAUUCUGAUGAGGUUCAUUGUAGAUCAGACUCAGACACCAAACCUCAAGGUGAAGGUGGCCAUUUUGAAGUACAUUGAGUCCCUGGGACGCCAGAUGGACCCAACAGACUUCGUCAACUCCAGCGAGACACGUUUGGCUGUGUCCCGCAUCAUCACCUGGACCACUGAACCCAAAAGCUCUGAUGUCAGGAAGGCUGCUCAGGUGGUGCUGAUAUCCUUGUUUGAGCUCAACACCCCAGAGUUUACCAUGCUGCUGGGAGCACUGCCUAAAACCUUCCAGGAUGGAGCCACCAAGCUUUUACACAACCAUCUGAAGAACUCCAGCAAUACCAGCAGUAGUGUGGGGUCUCCAAGCAACACCAUCGGACGGACACCACAGCGCCACACUCCCAGCAGAACCAGCCCCCUAACCUCUCCAACAAACUGCUCCCAUGGAGGAGUUUCUCCAAGUCGGUUAUGGGGUUGGGGUGUUGAUGGAUUAUCAAAGCACCCCCCUGCCCCUCCUCCUCCUCCUCCGCCUCACUCUACCCCUGCUGCCCCCUCCCUAAGGGUCCUACGCAGAGCAUAUUCACCCAGUAUGAUGGAGUAUGACACGGAGAACAUGAACUCUGAAGAGAUCUACAACAAGCUCCGUGGUGUCACUGAGGCCAUCCAGAGCUUCAGCUAUCGUAGCCAGGAGGACCUGAAUGAACCAAUCAGACGGGAGGGCAAGAGGGAUGAUGCAGCUGGGAGAGAAGGAGUGGCAUCAUCCCCUGGCUCUGACGCUCGUUUAGGCUUGGACAUGGUGGAAGGAGGACGCACUGCCUUGGACAACAAAACGUCUCUACUCAACACACCAUCGCCACGCUCUUUCUCUGGGCCCCGUGGUCGUGAGUUUGCCCUUUAUGGCUAUGGAGAUACCAUCUGUACAUAUGACAAGAGUGCACUGAAGGAGGCUGUCUUUGACGAUGAUGUGGAGCAGUUUCGCGACUUUGGUCAAGACCACUCAGACCUUGUCGCCGACCUGCUGAAAGAGCUGUCGAAUCACAAUGAACGCUCUGAGGAGCGUAAAGGUGCCCUAGUGGACCUGCUGAAGAUUACACGGGAAGACAGCCUGGCUGUGUGGGAUGAACAUUUUAAAACUAUCCUCCUGCUCCUGCUGGAGACGCUCAGCGAUAAAGACUACACCAUCCGAGCCCUGGCCUUGCGUGUGCUCAAAGAAAUUCUAAGGAACCAGCCGGCCCGCUUCAAAAACUAUGCUGAGCUGACCAUCAUGAAGACUCUAGAGGCUCACAAAGACUCUCACAAGGAGGUGGUGAGGGCAGCUGAGGAGGCCGCAGCCACCUUGGCUGGCUCCAUCCACCCAGAGCAGUGCAUCAAAGUGCUGUGCCCUAUUGUGCAAACAGCUGACUACCCCAUCAACCUGGCCGCCAUCAAAAUGCAAACCAAGGUCAUUGAACGCAUCACCAAGGACUCACUAGUGCAGCUGCUGCCUGACAUCAUUCCUGGACUCCUACAGGGAUAUGACAACACAGAGAGCAGCGUUCGCAAGGCCAGCGUGUUCUGUCUGGUGGCAAUCUACUCUGUGAUUGGCGAGGAGCUCAAACCCCAUCUGGUUCAACUCACGGGCAGCAAGAUGAAGUUAUUAAACUUGUACAUCAAACGAGCCCAGACGACCAACAGCAAUAGCAGCAGUUCUUCAGACGUCUCCUCUCACAGCUAAUGGAAGGAGGUUUCUUUUGGAAACCAUGUGAGUGGAUGGCGCUGUAGGAUUUUCGGGACCUAGAUGUGCUUCUCUGGGACAUCUUCGUCUCUGAGCUCCCCCACCUCCUCCUCUUCACCGUCGUCAUGAUGCUCAUGCUCCACUACGCUUUCCAUUUUUUUCAAGGGGCUUACAUUCACCAAUUAAUCAUUUAGUCCCCGCCGCCACCGCUCUCUGAAAUUGUGAAUGUAACUCUGGGUUGGUUUUAAAAACCAUCACAUUUAAGGUUUCAUGGAUAUGGGAAGUGCACUUUGGUUUCCUUGACCUCUACACUGCCUUCAGUCAAUGAAAUCCUCUUUUUGUCGUUGAGCCCUCCAAUCUGAUCCAUACAUGGAUUAUUCACAGCUUCUGUCACACAAGCUCCAGUUUGGGAUGAAGUGUCAUUUGGCUGGACCAAUGAUGGUUGUAAACCCAUUGGCCAUGGGAAGAAUUCUGCUUUGGCAUCACGGAAAUUAAAUAUGUUGGGGGGUAAAUACAUAAAUGUGCAAGGGAACAAUGGGACAUAAAAAACAAAGUUCUGUACAGGUAUAUUAAGUUAAUGUUUUCAGUCUAUUGAUUAUGAUCAGGGUUUAAUAGAAGCCUGUGCUUCAGCUGUAGUGUUUUUUGUGUUUAUUCCUUUAUUUAAUUAAGACAGGCUUCUUAAUUUAAAUCCCCCUUCCAUGAAAUUCAUACUCAACAAGGUACCACAUUGCAGAUAAUAAGACUGAAGUGACAAUCCUUGAAAUGCUGUGCACUGUGCUUUCUUUGAGGUGCAGAACAUGAAAUUGUGCACAUCUAAAAAUGGCUGAAUCUGUCAUAAAAUUCACAAUCAGCAGGCAAAGUCGGGGUUCAUGAAGAGGAAAAGCUGGUUUGCCUGUAUUUUCUCACUGAACUCUGCAUUAAAAGAAACAUUUUCACAAACGGAAGACGUCAUGUGCCGCUCAGUACGAAGUACGCAGAGGGACGCUCGUGUUAAGAGGACGCUCUUUGUAAAUAAAUACUCCACAUGUUUUCUCCGUUUGGAGUCAGUGAAGCAAGACUGUGAGAGAUAUCCCCCAGGCCUUAUUCAUUUUACACACUCUGUUUGUUGACUGCAGACAGUGAAUGGGAUGUACAGCACUGUAGCUUGUUGCUCUUAACAAAAUGUGAAUCUGCAGGAAAACAGGCGCCGGCGGUGUUUUUGCUGAUGAAGCAGAUCCAGUAUUAGUCUCCACUUCUCUCAUUCAAUGUCACGUCAUGUAGCCGCAGCUUCUUCAAGAACCACAACACCACAAGUCAAGGUAUUUUGUACAUACACGUUUUAACCACUGCUUCGCAGAGUCAUGAAAAGAGUGGACAGGUGACCUUUAACCUUUGUGCAUGUCAGCAAACUAACUUGCAUGUAAUCUGCAGCACUUUUUGUCACCGUUGUGCUGUUUUGCAGGGCCCAGGUUGUUGUCGUCGGCAGUUAAAGUGCCCUUGCACUUGCAACAUCAUCAGAUUACUCAUCUCCGAGGGAAUGUGUCAGAGAGGGAAGACGUAUUAAUCAUAUUAAAAUGGUACACAGUAGAGCAACAAUGAUUUGAUUUUAAACUACACCUAUGUGGUGUGAAUUUAAGUACAUUACGUUCUCAGACAUCAGACAGUCUGAAUGGGACGACUUCCUCCUUAUUACUGGAUAUGAUUUGGUACAGUUGGUCUACUGUAAGAAAGGAUCAGAUUGGUAUUGUUUGUUUUUCAUUAUCUCGUUUGAUAACUUCUAGCAAAUCAAUAAUAUAAUUCAAAUUAUUAUUAUAAUAAUCACAAUGAUUAGGAAAUAUUAAUGAUUUUCUUUGGACAUGCUCAGUCUUUGGAUGUUUGAUGCUUAUUGUCGACGUGUUGUCAGUGAUAGUUUCCUUUCGCUGACUUCCUGUCUGUUGCUGCUGUUAGCAUUCCCUUUCUGCUCCCCGUGUUUUCGGGACGUGUAUUCAUCGUCAAACAGCCUAAUGCUACAAAAAAAAAAUUGAAAAUACAUUUUAUUCAUCUCACUUUGGGAACAAAAUACAAAAUUUAGAUACUAUUGCUGCUGUUAAGAUGUAUUGGAAGAGUGAGGAACAUUCCUUUAUUUUUGCCGUAAAACAUUCGGGUUUGACAUGAAAAGAUGCUUUUAUUUCCAGCUAUUUACAUUCAGAUUAGAAGAUAGCCCCGUUUGUGUUGGAACACCACAUUUUAAGGUAAACAAAAGAAUAGUAACAGAUUACCUUAAAUUACAUUGUAAUGAAUAAUAUUUAAUAUUUUGUGGCAAAUCUAUUGCUGUGCGUUGUUAAAUCUUUAGCUGUUUUAUUAAAUGAAUGUGUUGAAGGAGCUACUUUUCUCCUCCUCUUGACAGUCUAGCAGAGCACAGUUUGCAGCCUAUUCUACGCUUGUCGUCAUUGUGAUACAUUCGUUUAUUGCCGCACACCUGCUCAGCUCACUUGAAGUUACAUAAAGUGAUCGGGUGCAACAGUAUCAGAGUAAUUUUAUAAAUACAAGUAUACAAAUGCAGCAUUAGACCCAAUGCUGGUAUCUAUGUCUGUGCAUCCCUAGUUGCAUACAAACUCUUUUUUUAUUGCUUUCUAAAAAAGAUGAAACAGUAGAGACAAAAAUAAUACAUAGACCACAACAAGCAUCAUGGCAACUCCUCACCCUGUCCUGUAGGUGUCCAUAAAUACUAACAAUUGCAGCAUAAAUUUAACAGAGAAUAAAAAUAAUAUUUACCACAGUUGCCUAAUUUUAUUUGGCAAUAUUUGCUUAAGCACAAUGCAUUCCCAUCAAUGAAAUAGAUUACAUUUACUGCUGCCUCCAUUUUAUUCUGUAAUGACAAAAUGGAGACGUGACUAUCGGCUGUGAACAAAAAGCUUUUGUCCAUUCUGAAACUGAGCAACAGAGCUUCAGCUUCCUGUGUACCUGAACACUCGCAUGAUUAUCUUUAAAUUACUGACAGCAGCUUUAAAUAAGGUCCUCUUUUCAGUCAGAGAAUUCACUGAGAAUGGGUCAGUUAUGCUUAUCUAAGUAAAAUAAUGUACAGAAUUUGCAUCACAACAUCCUUUGUGCUUACUGGUACUGAAAAAAAACUUGCCUACAACAUGCCUCUCUGCCUGACUUUCACCUCAACUCAUUCAACAGUUUCAGAACACUCAUUAGCGCACUCUUGCUUUUACUCCAGUAUCACACAGCUGUUCCUGCAAACACAUCACAUGGUAUUUCCUGGGAAAGUGUUCACUAUGCAUGUUCUGCAGUACACAUUUUCCUUUUUUGUUCCCCCAAUCCCACAUGUAAUAUUCCUACCUGUAUUUAUGUAUUUUAUCUUGUUUUAUUUUAUUUUGUUCCCUCAUGAUACACUGUACAGUAUUUCUUGUUUUGUUACAUUUCACCUGUGAUAGAUUUGCAACAAUAUAAAGAAACUUUUUUGCCCUAGAAAUAAACAAACUCGGAGUUCA